CGCCUGGAGCUCCAUUCAGUGCGCGCGGGCAGGUGUGAGCGGCCAGGCGACUCCUGGGCGGGGCACGCGGCCGGCAGACACCCGCUCCCCGCACUCUCACGCCUGCUCUCCGCCCCUCGGUCCGAGCGCCCGUCAGCUCAGCCUUUCCUGCAUCCGUUAGUCCGUCCAUCUCGGUCUUGCGCGUCUCCUGUCACCCGCCGCCUGCCCGCUCGGAGCCUGGCGCCCCCAUCUCAUCCCCCUGAGACAUCUGCUGCAAGACCCAGGUGAUCCGUGGGUGACAGAGUGGCGAGUCCUCACGUCAUAUUCCAGCAGGUUUGGGCAGCGACAUGGGGUGCAAAGUGCUGCUCAGCAUCGGUCACCAGAUGCUGCGGCGGAAGGUCGUGGACUGCAGCCGCGAGGAGAGCCGGCUGUCGCGCUGCUUGAACACCUUCGACCUGGUGGCGCUGGGAGUGGGCAGCACGCUGGGCGCGGGCGUCUACGUCCUGGCUGGAGCCGUGGCCCGUGAGGACGCGGGCCCUGCCAUUGUCAUCUCCUUCCUGAUUGCCGCGCUGGCCUCGGUGCUGGCUGGCCUUUGCUACGGCGAGUUUGGCGCUCGCGUCCCCAAGACGGGCUCGGCCUAUCUCUACAGCUACGUCACCGUGGGGGAGCUCUGGGCCUUCAUCACUGGUUGGAACUUAAUCCUUUCCUACAUCAUCGGUACUUCGAGUGUAGCAAGAGCCUGGAGCGCCACGUUUGAUGAACUGAUUGGCAAGCCCAUUGGGGAGUUCUCGCGGAAGCACAUGGCCCUGAAUGCCCCCGGGGUGCUGGCCGAAAACCCCGACAUCUUUGCUGUGAUUAUAAUUCUUAUCCUAACAGGACUUUUAAACCUUGGUGUGAAAGAGUCAGCCAUGGUGAACAAAGUAUUCACUUGUGUCAACGUGCUGGUCCUGGGGUUCAUAAUGUUGUCUGGAUUUGUGAAGGGAAAUAUCGAAAACUGGCAGCUCCAGAACACAUCCAGUCAUCUCUGCUUGAAUAAUGACACAAAAGAAGGGAAACUCGAACCUGGUGGAUUCAUGCCCUUUGGGUUCUCUGGGGUCCUGUCGGGGGCAGCGACCUGCUUCUAUGCCUUCGUGGGCUUUGACUGCAUCGCCACCACAGGAGAAGAAGUCAAGAACCCCCAAAAGGCGAUCCCCGUGGGAAUUGUCGCGUCACUGCUGAUUUGUUUCAUUGCCUAUUUUGGGGUGUCUGCUGCCCUCACGCUCAUGAUGCCGUACUUCUGCCUGGACAAGGACAGCCCCCUGCCGGACGCCUUCAAGCACGUGGGCUGGGAAGGGGCCAAGUACGCAGUGGCCGUCGGCUCCCUCUGUGCUCUGUCUACCAGUCUUUUAGGUUCCAUGUUUCCAAUGCCCCGAGUGAUCUAUGCCAUGGCUGAGGAUGGGCUGCUGUUUAAGUUUUUGGCUAAAAUCAAUGAUAGGACCAAAACACCAAUCAUCGCCACACUGACCUCAGGCGCCAUUGCUGCUGUGAUGGCCUUCCUCUUUGAUCUGAAGGACUUGGUGGACCUCAUGUCCAUCGGCACUCUCCUGGCAUACUCCUUGGUGGCCACCUGUGUGUUGGUCUUACGAUACCAGCCAGAGCAACCUAACAUGGUAUACCAGAUGGCCAGAACGAUGGACGAGCUGGAUCAGGUAGACCAGAAUGAACUGGUGAGCACCAGCGAUUCCCAGACAGGCUUUUUACCAGAAGCAGAAACGUUUUCUUUGAAAACCAUAUUCUCACCCAAAAAUGUGGAGCCUUCCAAAUUGUCUGGGUUAAUUGUGAACAUUUCAACCAGCCUCAUAGCAAUUCUUAUUGUCAUCUUCUGCACCGUGGCUGUCCUUGGAAAGGAGGCUCUGACAGAAGGGGGGUUGUGGGCAGUCUUUGUGCUCACAGGGUCAGCCCUCCUCUGCUCUGUGGUCACGAUCGUCAUCUGGAGGCAGCCUGAGAGCAAGACCAAGCUGUCUUUUAAGGUGCCCUUCCUGCCUGUCCUUCCCAUCCUGAGCAUCUUCGUGAACAUCUAUCUCAUGAUGCAGCUGGACCAAGGCACAUGGGUGCGGUUUGCGGUGUGGAUGCUGAUAGGCUUUGUCAUCUACUUUGGUUACGGCCUGUGGCACAGUGAGGAGGCAUCCCUGGCUGCUGACCAAGCAAGGACUCCUGACGGCAAUCUGGACCAGUGCAAGUGACCCGCAGCCCUGCCCCCCAGAGGUGGUGGCAGCCCUGAGGGACGCCCCUGGAGGGCGCAGAAGCACCUCACUCUCCCCACUGAUGUGUCAGCUCCCACCCUCUCCCACAGAGGCCCAGUGCGGCAGAGGUGCGCCCACGGCUCCUGUGACCUGCCCAGACUGGCUCUGCGGCAAGCUCCAGUCGCCUUCCUGGCUGGGGCCAUUUGUCUGCGGCCAGCCACUGUGUCUCCUGCCCUCCUUCCAAACGAAGCAAGCAGCACCUGUCCUCACCAGCUCAGCUUCGUCCUUGGCAGGAUGGAGGCCACCUUCUUGUCACCUUGGGAAGCCAGGCCUCCCUGUGCAGGGGCUGUUCUGGUUUUGAAAACAUGCUUGGCCCAAACUUUUAGUAGCCAGCACACUGCUCAGCACCAAGCAGCCGGCCACAGGUGCAGGACGAGUCCUACAAAACAGUGUGUUCUCAGCCAUCCCUCCCGAGAGCCGAAGGACAGCGGUUUACUUACAAAGGAAAACAGGGCUGGUUUCCCGCUCCUGCCUUCUGAGUUGCUUCCAGCAGGGUUGUUAGGUCUUUGGCCCCUCUUCCACCUCCCCUUCCAGGCAAGGGCUUUGCUUUGAAGGCUGAGACAGACCCCAGCACUUGGCAGCAGCCUUGGGGCAGCUGGUUCUGUCCAGGGAAAAGGGAGCCCUUUUGUGGGGAGGCCGGGUAGGGGAGGGUUGGCCCCACUCUGCCCGGGGGGCACAGGCACCGCCUUCAGCUGCAUUCGCUCCUUCCCAAGCCAGCUCUGGCUUCUGCUGGCCUCCCUCGCCGCUGGCUAUGUGUCCUAAGUAACUGGAACAUGACACUGUAGUUAUGUAGUGCCAGCCUCAAAUUAGCAGAGCUUUGAACAGUGUUUUCUGUGGGUCUUUGCCAUUCACCAAGUGCUGCCCUCUGAUGCUUGCCAGUCAGUUUCUCGGGUCUUAUAAGGUUCUCAAGGCAGAUGUCCACUCGGUCCAAGGCGUCAGCAGCGGGUCUUCGCAGCCGCUUCUGGCCCCUGGCAUGCUGUGUUUGGCCCGUCUUUUAUGUGUAAGCAGAUUGAGCCCUCCUGUUAGCUGCUGUGAAUCGCUUCACCAAAUGAAGUUGGCGCUUAACGUUAACUUAGAAAAUGGCCAGACAGUUAGGCCGUACUGUCAGCAUGCUGUUCAGGGCGUGGAGUCAGCACAUGAGACAGUUUGGGAUCAUGUUGCUGUCCCUCUCCUGUAUCCGUCUCCAGAUGUUGUGGGUUUGUAUAUAGGUCUGUAACCCUGUCUGGACCUCCUGCCUCCCUAGGUUGGAGAGCUGCGGGGCCAGCCUGGUGCCCCCACCCACAGCAUCAGGGACUUAGACGGCAGUUCACUCACUCCUUGUAGAUAGAAGCCAGAGGAAACAACACUGGUUGUGUCCUCCUUCCAGUCGGAACGUAACUCAGGAGACGGAAGGGUCCAGUGUUGAUGGGGGGAGAGACAGGCAUUUGGAUGCCACAGAGAAUGGAAAUGCUGCUUUCGAAGCUUAGAUUGCCAUUUCUUUUCCCUCUGGCCUUCGACACAAAUCUUAUAGACAGAAGUCUAAUAAAUUGAUAGCACUUGUUUUUCUUAUGCUUCCCCAAAAGGUUCUUGGGGAGAAGUGCAAGAAUUGGUGAGAUGGCCAAACAGCUGGGCCAGCCAGCGGAGCUGGGCGGCCAGGAGGGGGGCCCUCAUUCCAGGCCCUGAGCACCUUGCAAGAAGCUUUAUUCUGGAUGUUAUUUGUGAAUGUUCCAGAGGGAGGUUCAUAAGAGGCCCAAGCUUGGGUUUCCAAAGAAAGGUAUUUAAAUUUAUGUAGAUUGGUGCUGUACAAUAUUUUGAUAAAUACUAUUAACUUAUUUUGUAGGGGUUUUCAGUUAUCUGCUGUCUUCAUGGGGUUUGUUAGCUAUUUGUCUUGCUUUGUUAUUUUUUCACAGAGGCAAAGAGAACUUGAGGAGAACAGGGGGUCCAAGAAAGGUGGAGAGGAGAAAAUUUACUGUAAUUUCUCUUUCUAGCUGAAAUUUCUGUACAAAGCAGAACAGACUGUUUACCAUUGACCUUUUGGCUGGCAACGUACAUCAGUCGACAGACAUCAGGGAUGUAGUUUGUCCCACUGGGUCACCACACCCCCUGUGGUGUCUCACGGAGGACAUCCUGACAGAUGUGAGCCCUUCGGUCCCCAAAGCCAGGAAGUGCUGCCCAGGAGGCGGCCCGCUUGGUGGGGACACGAAGCCCCUGCACCUGGGAAAGGGCCCUUGGGGGUGACGGGGUAAAUCCUUCACUGUGCUUUUAUUGAGGAAUUUUUGUCAGUUGCUAGGGGUUUUCUGUGUUUGAGGAGAGUGACGUUAGGGGUGGUGCUUGGGGUACGCCUCACACACAUGCCUGUGUGCAGAGGCGAAGCACCACCACCACCAGUGCUCAGCAGUUUCACAGCCCUUAGCUCCGCACCCCCCAAAACAAGAGUAUGUAUGAUUCUCAGUUUCAGGGGUUGGCCAGUAUUUUCCCACGUAGUCAGAAAUUCCACAUUUCUAGAGACACACCCUUUGGGAAUAUUGUGUCUGCUUUGAUCUGAGCCGCAGACCCAAAUACUCAAAUCGGAAAGAUCCACUGUGAUGAGUGAGUGCCCCUGCCCACCUCUCAUAACCCCCCACCCUGCAUAUUUUCAUGACUGCGUUCAGUUCCAGCUCACGAGGAAGCAAACAGUGGAGCCUCCAGGCCCUCUGCAGCAAAGACUGAGGGUGGGGGGGUCCCCAGGGCGGCAUCCCAGCCCCCAUGGUCUGGUGAGAUGUGAGCCCACUUGCAGGAGUGGGCGGAGUCUUCAGCGGGACUCGGCCUCUGGACCCUCCCCUGACCCAUCUGCUCACCCCACUUGGCCUGGCUUUGGGCCAGAUUUGUUUUUCCUAACCAAGCAAUUGGGAGCGAUAGCGUCAUCUUCCUCAGGCUGUUUGGGAAAGACUGCUAGGUUGGUACCGUUGUCAGACUCCCUGGCAUGUCCCCCACUUUUUGUCCCACUGACAGUCUCAGCUGUCAGGCGGCUGAUCACACGUGUGGAUGCUGAGCGUCCACCCCAGGCUCCGAGGCCCAGAAGUGAUGCUCUGUGGGCCUGUGUCCACACCUGGAUGGGGCCGCUGGCCCAGCCGGGACCUCGGCCACUGCACGUGCUGUGCUUCCUCCUCAGGGCUGGGGCGACGGCAGGAAUGAGCAGUAUACCAGGCCUUCUCCCUGCUGCCCCGGCACGAAACUGGGAAUUGACUGGAAUUUGCCAUCCUGCUCAAGAUGAUGUGUCCCCUGGUCUGUGGCCUGACACAGGAGACAAGAGCUCUGAGUACCGGGUGGAGGCUGGGUUCCCUGGGGGAGUGUGGAGGAGCCUCACAAAGGCCUCCCCAGACUGCAGGUGAGCACCCGGGCGGCUCCAUUCCCGGGCCUGUGCUUUCUGACUUAACUGUCCUACUUUUACACAUCUAAUAAGAGCUGAUUUUUCUGUUCGCCCACCCAAAACAUAACCAUGAAUACAAGGGUGAGGGAUCCUCGUGGCGGGCCCCAUCACGGGUGUGUUUGGGAUGGAUGAAGAGGUGUGUUUGCACAUCCAUGCUCAGCUGGGCACAGGUGUGUGAUGCUUGUGUGUAAGUGUUCGAGAGUUAACUUCAGAUGGAGCUCAAUACGUUAGGUGUAAUUAUGUAUAAAUUAUGUAUGAUUAAAAAUAUGUCUGUUUGCCGUUGCAACGAGAGUAUUGUAUGUAAGGCUUCUUAGGGAGAGCGAGAUGUCCAUUUUGUCAGACUCUUCCGGACUCUUUUUGAUGAGGAAAUGCUUUAUUGAUCCAGUGCUGCAAGAAACUACACUCCAUAUUUUGUCAUCGUCAUUAUGACGCCUAAUGGGUUUUUACGACCAAAAAAAAAAAAAAAAAGGUCAACCGACUUUCAUAUUCAUUGCUCUAAUCCAGAGCCUCUCUGUGCCCUUUGCUUCACUGAGCCCCAGUGGUGUCUUUCAAGGGAGACAUGGACCAGCCAAGAGAGGCUCUCUGGGCACUGCUGUCCAGCCCCCCCUCCUAGAUCAUCCUCUAAAUGUGUUGAGCUGCCAACUGAAAAAGUCAUAAGAGAUGAAAGACCUUGGCUGUCAAGUCCAAUUGAUUUUCUCAGGGUAGGAGCAUGUCUAGCAGGGCCAAGAAGCAGGGCAGGAAGAUGCAUUCAGACUUUGUUAAUUCAUUAACAAGGUAUAUGAUUUUGUUUCUUGACGACGACCUUUUUAAGUUUGGGACUUAUUUUCCCAUCGAGAAGUUAUAUAUUUAAAAAAAGUUACCUGGGUAAGUUGUGCCUUUCAGCAUCGUGUUUAAAAGAGCGCAGUGUGACGCAGAUGAUGGCUGGUUUAUUAUAAAACCUGAAGAGCCGUGGUUUCUCCAGUAAACCUUGUCUUCUACUGAACGUGGAGCCAUUAUUAAAAGAGUUGUGUUUUUUAUUAUGUAAAUUGUAUAAUAUUUUUUGCUUGUUUGAUGUUCUAUUUUUCUAAUAGUUUUCUUAUGAUUGUGAUACUAGGUUUAGAUUCUGAAGCUAACUGCAAAUCAGGUUGUUCUCUGCUGGUCCCUCCAGUUUUUAUUUUAAGGACAAGUGUAGAUGUUCGUCACCUUUAAAAAAUGUGAAACCCUGUGUCCCAUUUUGCUGACAACACUGUACAUUGACGACUUCCUACCAUACUUUAUGUUGUAAAAUCAACUAUUUUGUGGUACAUUAUCUCCCACUUCAGCAAAUGCUAAUAAAUUCUAUGGCUUCUG